ACGCUCCUCUUCCUGCGACGCCCCGCUUGGACGCUGCCGUCACCACCUCCUGCAUAGUCGUCUUUCAAUAGCCAUUGACUUUUUCUCUGGGCCCAUUAUAUAUACUACGUCGUUUUAUGCAUUACCGAUUCCGUCCCGCCGCCUCAGCACACGCGCGACGGCACCGCGCCCGGCGCGUUUAAUUGAUUUAGGUCCGCCAUCACCGUCACUACGACCAAAGACCACGAUCCAUGCAUCCACGGCAGACUCAGCAUCGUCACGCGUUUAAACAUUGCUAGCCAUGUAUCUGCCACGUUCGCUGAUAUCGAAGCUCUACACCCACCUCCAAAAUACGCGACAUCCGCUCUCGCCGCCCGUCCUGAUCCUCGUGGCCCUCGAGCCUGAUUCGCUCUGCGCCUGCCGCAUUCUCACCCGCCUCCUUAAGCAUGACUACAUCCCUCACAAGAUCCAGCCCGUCGCCGGCUACAGCGACCUUGAAAAGGCCGGCACGGAGCUUGUUGUCCCCAUGAUGGAGAGUCAGGGCGGCAGUGGCGGUGUUGUCGUGUGCCUCGGCGUGGGAGGCAUGGUCGACCUCGGGCCCCUACUGAAGCUGGAACCCGACGGCGAGGAAAACACCUACAGCGGCGUCGAGGUCUGGGUCAUUGACGCCCACCGACCAUGGAACUUGGGCAAUGUGUUUGGUGGCUUUCCAUUGGACCCGGCUACGGAUACAUCCAAUUCAUACCAGUCCAGGAGCCCGGGUGGCGUGGUAGGUGGGCAGAUUGGACGAGGGUACCAGGCAGGCAAAGGUGGUAUUGUGGUCUUCGAUGAUGGUGAUAUCGAAGAAGACCUCGCUGCUGAACGCGAUGCUUACCUUGCCUUGGUGGACAUGCCUGAUAUUGACGAAGAUUUGGAUGACCUGGGCCUCAGCGAAGACGACGAAGAGGAGGAACGGGAUAGCGUCCGCCAAGAUACCACCCGCGCUGGUCAGAAGAGGAAGAGCUGGUCAGAUGGGCACGAUGAUGAGUCAAGCGACGAUGAAGACCGGCCACGUCAACGACGCAGAAGCAAUUCUUCGAGCCCCAUACCCAGCUCCCCCCGCCCAAGACAGAGGGGUUUGAUCUCUCUCCGAGAUCCCGACCUCAAUUUCUCCAGCGAUGCAAUCGAACCUCCCUCUGCAGCACAACCUCCUCCGGCGCCUUCUGCCCGUGCGCUCCGGCGGAAAUUGCUUCGCAUGCGCCGAGACAAUGAGUCAAUUCUUCAUCAGUACUACAAGAUGGGCUCGUCGUUCGCAGAGCCCAUAUCCUCUAUGAUGUACUCGCUCGCAUCGGAAUUGGGUCGCGAAGACAAUGACUUGCUUUGGCUCACUAUUGUUGGCGUAACGUCCAUGGAACUGUACGGCAAGUCAUCGGCGGGUAUUGCGGCCGCCCUUCGCGGCAGUGAUAGAGGACGGCCGACGGGAUGGAUGGGGGUCAGAGGAGCUCGGUUGCGGCAACUGUUGCGUGACGAAGUACGGCGCUUAAACCCACCAGAGGUUACAAAUGGCCGAGUCGCCGCCGAAAACACGGGUGUGAUCCCCACGACGGCACGGAACCCCGAAGAUACGGCAAUUCGACUGUCGCCCGAACCCCGGUUCCUCCUCAUUCGCCACUGGAGUCUCUACGACAGCAUGCUUCAUUCUCCCUAUCUCUUUUCCCGGCUCAAGACGUGGAGCGAGACGGGUAUCAAACGUUUGCACAAGCUCCUUGCGAAGAUGGGUGUCAGCUUGGCCCAGUGCAAGCAAAGCUACACGCACAUGGACAUGAUGCUCAAGCGGGAACUGAGAGCCAAGCUUCUGAAAUAUGGUUCGCUCUACAAUCUCGACGAGAUGGUGCCUGCGGUCGACACGGACGGCAAAGACCGCGCCGGCGCCAAGGACGGCUGGGGCUUCGUCAGAAGCUGGGGCUGGCGUGCCACACUCAGCGCACAGGACGUCGGCGUGGUCAUUGGCGCCCUCCUGGAGGUUGGCAAGCAUGCGCAGGUAACAGACGUCGUCUACCCCGGGAGCCAAGUGUCCCGCGAGGUGGAAGACGACGCCGAGUACCUUGCCCAGGGUGAGGAAUGGGUCAGCCGGUUCUGGGAAGCGUAUGAUGCCUUGGAAGACAUCGACGCCCUCAAGGCCGGCCUAUCAACCGCACAAUUCUUGCAUCGCGCUAUUUAUCGCACCGGAACGUCCCUCAUUAACAAGAAACAGAUCAAGCACUUGCGAGCCUUCCGCAUGUGCGUUGUCAAGGACGGACCGGAUGUGGGGCUCUUCACGCAUCCCGCUGCGUUGACGAAGCUGUCGCUCUGGAUUGGGGAGGCCUUGGCCGAACAGGAGCGUGAGGCGCACGGCAAGCUGUCCCAUGGCGGACGAGGAACACCCCUCGUCGUGGCAAGUCUGAAUGAGAAGCGCGGUGUGUACAUUGUUGUUGGCACUGGCGGCGGCGGCGGACCAGAUACUACAUUUCUCAACCGAGAAGCAGCGAAGAAGCGACGAGACGAGAAGGAAGCCAAAAUCAAGGCCAAGGAGGAGUCCCGCCACGCUAAGCAGAAGAUUCGAGAAGACAAGCGCGCAGCGAGACGCGCAGCCGGCCAACAGGAUGAUGAUGACGAAGAUCUUGAGACGGAAUCGGAGGGCUCGGACGCGUCGGAAUCAGACGACGAGUCAGAGGAUGGCGACGCCGAGCAGACGAAGGGAUACGGCCUGAACAAAUUCGGCAGUGCGUUUCAGGAAGUGGUCUCGGAGACCAAUGCGCGCGUGCGAAUCGACAGCUUCGAGCAUUGCGUGGUGGAGGUGAAGAAGGAGGACCUCGGAGGCUUCUUGGAGAGCCUGAGUAUGAAGGCUGUCGUUGGCUAGUCCGGCCUCCUGACGGCAAGACUUGGGGCUCGCGGACGCCUCUGACUCAAAUCGGCCUACGUGUGUGGCAUGCUUAGUUGGACAAGAAGUUGUUAGUGAUGAUUAGGAGUACGAAGCGCGGUGUUACCCCAUGUUACGAGACCGAUGGCAUAUGUACUACUUGGUACGGCGGAUAUCUUUGCUGCAUAGUUUAUCAUGAAUUGCUUCCCUCCCUCAUCAUUAUCGGUUUCUUUGUUGCCGUCCAAGGUUGCCGAGAAAGCCAAGACAUGUGUCGGCGUGUUGGUGCCGGCAGGCAAUUGGAGGUGAGAUUUGGCGCUGACUGUUUACGGAUGGCGCCGUCAGCACGUCGGGAUGCCACUCAGCC